GGUACUGUUCUGCCGUUUACCGUCUUCCUAAAUUAGCGUCUCCUCUCUUAGAUUCUGUCGCCAACGAAUCAUCUGUGUUUGUCAAGUGUCAACGAUGGCUCGCCUUCAGAUCCCCAUCUCCACAACAAUCUCUUCCUACCUCCUUUCUAUUCUCUUCUUAUCCCAAACCAGUCUCUCUUUUUCUCUCACUAACCAGUCUCUUCCUCAAUACGUCACGGUCACAGAUGUUCAUGACCUUCUCCCUUUGUAUGGCCUGCCUCGUGGCCUACUCCCAGACAAUGUUAAAUCUUACACUCUUUCUCCAUCUGGGUCUUUCUCAAUCCAACUAACAAGUCCAUGUUAUGUUUACUUUGAUCUGCCUGUAUAUUAUGGUAAGGAAAUCAAAGGGAAGUUGAGUUAUGGUGCUGUGCAUGAUGUUUCAGGGAUUCAAGCAAAAAAGCUGUUUAUUUGGUUAUCGGUUAGUGGAAUUGAGGCGGAUAAGGAUGAUGGUAUGAUUGAGUUCUUCGUUGGUUCUUUGUCUGAAAAGUUGCCUGCUAAGCAGUUUGAGGAUAUCCCCGCUUGUAAGAGUAAGGCUAGUCUAAGGACUAACCUGGAAUCCAUGUGAGAUGGCAUCCAACUUCGAUAUGUUUUUGCCCAUUCACCUUGAAGCUCUGCUGCAUGAUCCAUAAUUUCAGGCAAUAUAAGCAAAUUAAUGUAUGUGUGUUUCAUUGUUCCAUACAGUGGUUUAUCGUUGGACGUACUUGGUUCCACAAUAACUACCUACUGAUUCUUGCCAAUGUAAAUAAUCAUACUCGGUUAUGUGAGUAAGACUAUAAAAUUGCCGUGGAUCUUGUGACAA